UUAGGAGUGGCCAUUGUGCAGCAGCCAACCAUUAAGCUCACCUGGACCACUACAACACCGGUAUGGGUGGACCAAUGGCCGCUGAAGCAAGACAGGCUGCACAUCAUUAAUGACUUAAUUGAUCAACAACUGAAAGCAGGCCAAAAUCCAUGGAACACUCCCAUUUUUACGAUUCAGAAAAAAUCAGGAAAAUGGAGACUGCUGCACGAUUUGUGAGCAGUCAAUGAGGUAAUGCAAGACAUGGGAGCCCUACAACCGGGGCUGCCAUCUCCAGUUAUGAUUCCAGAAAAUUGGAAAUUGUUAAUUAUCAAUCUAAAAGAUGGCUUUUUUACCAUACCCUUGCAUCCAGAUGAUGCUGAAAAGUUUGCGUUUACCAUACCCGAGGUAAAUAAGGGGGGACCAGCGAGAAGAUACCAUUGGGUGGUCCUGCCACAAGACAUGAAAAAUUCGCCUACCAUAUGCCAAAUAUUUGUUGCUUGGGCUUUGCAGCCAUUUAGAACAAAACACAAGAACCUAUCAGUUUACCACUACAUGGACGACAUAUUGAUUGCAGAGGAAAAAGUAGAGUUGGAGCUCAUAUUACGGAAACUCCAACGGGAGCUUAACCUCAGGGGGUUGAAGAUAGCGCCCGAAAAUGUUCAGAAGAGGGGGCCAUGGUUGUAUGUGGGCUGA